AGUCUCAGAGAUACGACAGGUCUCGUAGCAGGCAUCUGCAACACUAGGACCGGUAACACGCACACUUCCUUCAGCUUCGGACAGCCAACAUAUCCCAGAAAACGUCAGCCAUGGCCUGAAUACUGAGGUUGCGCAGACUAUCGUAACAUCUGCCCCUGCGGCCUACAAAACCCACAUCGGGCAACGCCAGUACUUCACGUACGCCAUGUGCGUGGCACGUCUGCAUGUGACGAAGCAGCCAUGUCAACAUCGCUGGUUCCAGCUUGUCAGGCCAUGCGAUCCUGCCAAUAACCUCGCCAACUGCCCAGGACGGCUGCAGGUCGAAGGAUGGGAGAUGCGUAACGAUACCUGCCCUUGGUGCGACAGUACGGGGCCAGCUGCACUCGCAUCGACCCAUCAACUGUUCGGCAGCACUUCAUCCACCACUUCUGUGUCAUCAGCCUGUUCGCCACUUUCACUCGACCAUGAGCCUACGAGGCCGCAUCGUAGUGCAAGCAUCGGCACACUCAGCACACUUUCGAGACACAGUAGCUCGGGCAGCACGGAAAGCGAGCGCGGCCGACGUCACAGAGAUAUGAAUGAGAGGCUGCAUCUGUAUCUGACGACUAAUCCACACGAGGUACUUCCGAGCGCAGGAAAGUACUAUCCCAGCCAGGCGUCACGGCCGGUCGAGGAUAAGGGCGGGUCUGAGGCGUUGAGCAUCCGAAGCACGAGCGGUACGAUUGUCCAAGGGUGGAAGAAGAGCGUUCGAUUUUCGCAUGCCAUGUUCAAAACAUGAGCAAUGGAGCACCUGCGUUUCCGUCGAUGAGAAAGCACUUCCCACACUUAUUCAGUUGACGUCCUGAUACCCGACCUGGAGCACAGAGUCGAAUCUGAGCACCUCGAUCAUCAGAUAGUAUACUUGUUUAGCCGCGCACUGGCAUGCUCAGAGUAUGAAUCAAAACGCUGAUGGACGUGGGAGAGACAG